AUGGAGACCAGCAGCCAGUGGCCCCCGAGGCCCAGCCCCGGCCCUGGGCUCGGCCUGGACGCCCGGCUGGCCGUGGAGGCGCGCCUCUGGGCUAAGGUGCUGUUCACGGGGCUCUAUUCGCUCAUCUUCGCGCUGGGCACGGCGGGCAACGCGCUGUCCGUGCACGUGGUGCUGAAGGAGCGCGCCGGCCGCCCCGGCCGCCUGCGCUCCCACGUGCUCAGCUUGGCGCUCGCAGGGCUGCUGCUUUUGCUGGUCAGCGCGCCCGUGGAACUCUAUAGCGUGGUGUGGGUGCGCUCCCCCUGGGCCUUGGGCGACCUGGGCUGCCGCACGUACCACCUGGUGCACGAGCUGUGCGCCUACGCCUCGGUGUUGAGCGUGGCCAGUCUGAGCGCCGAGCGCUGCCUGGCCGUGUGCCAGCCCCUGCGCGCCCGCCGCAUGCUCACGCCGCGCCGCACCAGUCGCCUGCUGGCAUUCGUCUGGGCCGCCGCGCUCGGCCUCGCCCUGCCCGUGGCGCUCGUCGUGGGUCAGAAGCACCAACUGCGGGCGGCGGGCGGAGAGCCAGAGCCUGCUUCGUGCGUGUGCACCGUGCUGGUGAGCCGCGCCACGCUGCGGGUCUUCAUCCAGGUGAAUGUGCUGGUGUCCUUCGUGCUGCCCUUGGCACUGACAGCUUUCCUGAACGGGGUCACCGUGAACCACCUGGUGGCCCUCUACUCCCAGGUGCCCUCGGCGUCUGUCGCGGGCAGCUUCGCCCCCAGCCGGCUGGAGCUGCUCAGUGAGGAGGGUCUCCUGGGCUUCCUGGCCUGGAGGAAGACGCUGUCCCUGGGCGGCCACCACGGCCUGCUGCGGCACAGGGACACAGGCCGGAUCCGCAGCCUGCAGCACAGCGUCCGGGUUCUCAGAGCCAUCGUGGCCGUGUAUGUCGUCUGCUGGCUGCCCUACCACGCCCGUAGGCUCAUGUACUGCUACAUCCCUGAUGACGAGUGGACCGACACACUCUACAGUUUCUAUCACUACUUCCACAUGGUGACCAACGCACUGUUCUACGUGAGCUCAGCAGUGACUCCCGUCCUGUACAACAUCAUGUCCUCCUCCUUCAGAAAGCUGUUCCUGGAGGCGCUCGGUUCCCUGUGCCAGAAGCACCGCCCCUUGCAGCCAGGUUCUCUGGAGGCCUCAGAGAGCCCUGCUACUACGUACAGCUCUGGGUUUUGGGGAUCUCCCAGGACCCCCGAGCUGGAUGAGAUGCAAGAAUGAAUGC